GAUCAAGAUGGCGGCGGGUGGUGGUUACCUGUUGCUCCUCACCUGUCUCGUGGGUCAGCUUCCCCUGGAGCUUACUCAUCUCCCUGAGAAGAGAAUUCCACCUGAGGAGAAUGCUCACAGACAACAGAACCAAAUCUCCAUGGAGGGCCGUAGAAGUGACCCCCCUCCCAGAUUGCAUGGAGGUCACCCAAGGAAAGUGCCACAGUUCCCUGGAGGAGAGCAGCUGAAAAGCAACCAAUUGCAGCUCAGGCGUAAGCGUUACAAUUCCCAUGCUUUACAUUCUGUAGGCGAUGAAAACCGUUUAAAGAAUGAGGAUGCAGUGACUGGACACAAAGAAUAUUAUUUGCCCAGACCGCCUCCUAGAAUGCAUCCACAUGUGUAUGAAGAUCCUGUCAAUCAUGGUGAAGAGGAAGUUAUCAGAGACGGAUCCAGAGAAGUUAUAAUUCCUGAAUCUUCAUUUGGAGUCACUCCACAUAUAUAUCAAGAUCCUGCUUUUCGAAAUGAAUGGGGCAUGAAUCGUCGAAGAGGCCAGACUUUGAACAGAAUGCCACAUUAUGAGUCAUUUGAAGAGAUAUUUACAGACUUAGAAGAUGAAAAGUUGAGGCAGGCUAGUAAGCACCACAACCUUGAACAUGAACGUGAGCAUGAACGUGAACAUGAACAUAGACAUGAACAUAAACAUGAGCAUAGACAUGAGCGUGAACAUGGACCUACUAUUGAGCAUAAUAAUUAUUGGAUAGUUGGGCAAAGACGCUUCAGAAUGAUUGUUAUCAUUAUUUUAGCUGUUAUCGUGAGUUUUAUUGUAUUGUUGAUAUUGACCUGGUUCCUUCUUCCAAAAAAGAAUGUAAAGAAAGUAAAGAAAACAAGUGGCAAAAAAUGACAACAUAAAUGAGGAAUUUGAACCAUGUCAGGAUGGAAACUCAACACUAUCCAGUAAGGACUGGCAGCAUGGAAACUAGCCCUUUAAUCAAUUCACAAAGUCUAUUUUGUUGGUGUGUAACUAUAUAAACAAAAAACUUUUCAUACUCACUUUGUACUCAAUUGUUAUUGAGUAGAUCUGAGAAUGUAGUAUUAUUGAAAUUAGAGAAGUGAUCCUAAUUUUUGGAAAUAAAUCUAGAAACCACAAAAUCAUUACAGAAUGGAAAGGCGACAGUAGGUCUGUCAAGCCCAUGCCAGCUCUCUGCAUACCCAUCCCA